GCGUUACUGUUGGGAAAGCCAUAUUUGCACUUUCCAAUAAACAAAACGCGAAAGAGAGAAAAUGAGGGAUACGCAAACGUGAAGAAGUCUUCCUGAACAGUGUACACAAGCGACUGUUCUUGACUUCCGGUCGCGCGAUUUCCCUAACCCUAGGCACCACCUGCCAGAACCUGGAAGCCCAAUCUCUUUUCUUACAAUAAUCAAAUUUAGCACUUGAGUAAUAACAAAGUUUAAAUCCAUGAACAACAACAACAACAACAACACCAACCCCUCCUCCUCCUCCUUCCCCACCGGAUACCCACACUCCCAGUCCCAGAUGGCGCCGGCCCAGUACCCCAUCUCCCAGGCCCACGCCAUCGUCCAAGCCCAGUUCCAGGCUCAGCUGCAAGCCCACGGGCUCACUUUCAACCCAACCGCCAAACGCUUCCCUCCCAAACCCCCCGCCCCGUUCAAGCCAGUGGAACUCCUCCCCACAGCCCGGCGAAAGCGGCCCAAGCCCAACGAGAAACACCUUCCGGAGAAAGCCUCGGCGAUUCUCCCUGAAUCCGCGUUGUACACGCAGCUUCUCGACCUGGAAGCCCGUUUGGACGCCGCCCUCGCCAGAAAAAAAGUGGACAUCCACGAAGCCCUCAAGAACCCACUCUGCGUCCAGAAAACCCUAAGGAUCUUCGUCUUCAACACCUUCUCCAACCAGAACCGCUCCGAGCCCCCCACGUGGACGCUCAAGAUCAUCGGAAGGGUUUUGGACGACGGCGAAGACCCCGACCACCCAGGGUUCUUCCAGAGGCCUUCGCCGUACCCCAAAUUCUCUGCUUUCUUCAAGAGAGUGACGAUUUCCCUCGACAAGAGGCUUUAUCCCGAUAGCAACAUCAUCACGUGGGAGAAUUCGCGCUCCUCCGCCACCCACGAGGGUUUCGAAGUGAAGAGAAAGGGGGACCAAGAAUUCUCCGCGCAGAUUCGCCUCGAGAUGAAUUACUCGCCGGAGAAGUUCAUGCUCUCGCCGGCGCUGCGCGAGGUGCUUGGGGUUCAGGUGGACACGCGGGCCAGGAUUGUUUCCGCGAUAUGGCAUUAUGUGAAGGCCAGGAAACUGCAGAACCAGAGUGAUCCUUCGUUCUUUCACUGUGAUCAGCCUCUUCAGAAUGUGUUUGGGGAGGAUAAGGUUAAGUUUUCCAUGGUUUCGCAGAAGAUUUCGCACCAUUUGUUCCCUCCUCAGGUUAUACUUUUGGAGCAUAAGAUCGUGCUCUCUGGGAGUAGCCCUGUUGGAUCUGCUUGCUAUGAUGUUAUGGUUGAUGUUCCUUUUCCCAUUCAGAGGGAGUUGUCUGCUUUGGUGGCUAAUGUGGACAAGAACAGAGAGGUUGAUGCUUGUGAUGAAUCCAUAUGUGGAAUCAUUAGGAAGAUACAUGAGCACCGAAGGAGGCGAGCGUUCUUUGUUGGGUUUAGUCAAUCUCCUCUGGAGUUCAUUAAGGCCUUGGUGGAAUCUCAAAACAAGGAUAUGAAAAUUUUGGUUGGAGAAUCUGGUUCUGGCCACAAUGCUGAUAAAGAGAGAAAAUCAGAUUUCUUUAAGCAACCUUGGGUUGAUGAUGCCAUUGUUCGCUUUUUGAAUCGCAAACCAGCCGUUGGAAGCAAUGUUCCAGGGAGCACAUGAUGCAUGGAGUUUUAAGUUUAUAAUGGGAAUUUCAGAUGUAGCUAGACUUCCAUGCUCAUGGAAGCUCUGAUAGUUUGUGUUAAUAGUUGUUAUUUAUUAGUAGUUUCAGUGCUGCAACUUGCCUUGCAGUUCAUAUGUUAGUAAAGUGCAAGCAAUAUAUGUAAUAGUUAGGAUUGGUGUACAGUAAUUUCAGACUUAAGUUGUCUAAAUGGAGAAAAGAGACCUUGGGUGCCA